AUGCAAGACGUGCGUAGCCCCCUUCCCAGGCGCUCCUCGGGCAUUGUCGCGGUCGAGCAGUCUCAGCCCUCCCACGAGCUGCCCGGAACUCUAAGAACCAACCCGCUGCUAUACCCGGGUGCGGUGUCGCCCGAGCGUCGCAAGCUGGCCGGUCGGUUGGUGGGUGGCACCCCGCACUGCCCGGAGCUGCAACCUCGGAGCCCCUUCACACCGCAGGGUGCCGCCAUGGCGGGCCCCUGGCUCCCCUUCACCGCAGUGCCUCUGCCCCCCAAACUGGUGUUUGAAACCUGGUGGCAUGAAAAGCCGCAACACCGGGUCAAUAUGCACGUGACGUACGACACGCUGACUAGGCGGUGCCUGGCGGGUACGUACGUCUCUUUGGAUAUGGAGGUGGUCACCCCGUCUGGUCGCCCCGUCGACGAGUUCGACCUGCAUGUGGGCGCGGAAGUGAGGGUGGCGGGGAGGAAGGUCACGUUGCGGAAGCCCCUCACGCUAGCCACACAGGUCUGGUUGGACCAGCAGGCUCGCGCCAUGCUCGUCGCCAAGUACCGAAUAGAGCAGGAACUGGACAAGUUCCGACCCGUGGUUCCCGUACCUGCACAGUACACGGAACCCAAGCGUGCAGAAACGCUGGACUUUGGGUCCCACCAACACAUGCCAGCUGGCGGCCGGAUUAACCUCCGCGCGCUGUACGACACGUUGCUACAGCUGGCCGAGCAGCUCCGCCAGCACCGCUGUCGGCUGCCGCCGCUGCCGGAUUCGGUUUCGGAGCGCGUUGUGGCGGCGGCGACUUCGGCGGCGGGGCCGCCUGAUUGGUCGCCCGAACGGCGGGAGGCGGAGCGCCGAGAGGCUGAGGCGCGGCAGCGGGAGUUGUUGGAGUUGUCUGUUUCGGUUGAUGACUCGGAUUGGCGUAACGACCUAACCCACUGGCUGGAUUCCAUUCCUCUGGCGGCGUCGUGCUGCUCGCGGUACGCCGCUGCUUCUGACGGUGGCAAGGGCGGCAACAAGGAGCAUCAUCAACAUCAUCAUCAUCACCAUCACCAUCGUGGUGGUGGUGGAGGAGGAGGAGGAGGAGGAGGGCACCGCAGCGGGCGGCACAGCGCGGCGGAUGUGCUGGCGGGCACCGGUGCGGCUGGCGGUGGGGCCGGCGGCGGCGGUGGCGGCGGCAAUGGCUCAACGCUGGCGUUCAACUUGAGUGUGAUUAACAAAUUGGCGGCGAUGACGUCCGUGGCGGCAGCGGCAGCGGGAAUGGCAGGUAACAGCGGUGGCGGCAGCGGCAGCGGGCAGAUGCAGAGCCCUGUGGCGGCGGCGGCGGCAAGGCUGUCCGCAGCGGGGGGAACUGGGGGUGCGCCGACGCCGCGGCCGGGAGCGCCACCGCCGAUGGCGGCGGCGGCGGGAGCGGCGGUGGCGGUGGCGGUGGCCACACGGCAGCGAUAG